AUGUUUCUCAAAGGCUCCAUACCCCCAGCAACUGCAGUUAAAGAAGAGGGGAGAGGACAACCAAUUCUCAAGAUUCUUAGAAAUCUUCAAGAAACUACAAAUAAAAUACCCUUCGCGGAAGCAAUAGAGCAAAUGCCACUCAAUGUCAAGUUCUUAAAGGAAUUGAUGACCAAAAAGAGAAGCUGGAAGAAUAAUGAGACUGUGGUGCUUACGGAAGAAUGCAGCGCCAUCAUCCAACACAAAUUACCCCAGAAAUUGAAGGAUUCUGGGAGUUUCCAAAUCCCUUGUAUUAUUGGGGAAAUCACUGUGGAAACGGCUUUAUGUGAUCUAGGAGCCAGCAUAAACCUAAUGUCUCUAGCAAUGAUGAAAAAAAUGAAGAUUGAGGAAGCCAAACCAACAAGAAUGGCGCUACAACUGGCAGACAGAUCAUUCAAAUUUCCCCAUGGGAUAGUAGAAGAUCUGCUGGUGAAGGUGGGAGACUUCAUCUUUCCAGCAGAUUUCGUGGUAUUAGACAUGGAAGAAGGAGCUAAGACUUCCAUCAUCCUAGGAAGACCAUUCUUAGCCACUGUUGGGGCCAUUAUUGAUGUCCAAAAGGGUUAA